CACGCAAUAUGUAUCCUAAAUCUGUUGAUCGUAUUUAUGUCAAAAGGUUAUAAUAUUUUAAUAAUCAUGUAAAGUGUUGUUUGCAUUGUUGAUCAUACAUUAUACAAGUGAAACAGACAAUUGAUGUAAUCUCAAAAUAUGGCAAAGCUGAAUGUGAUUAACGAUUUCGAGAAAUUGUCGGACUUGGAGAGGGAACAAAACAUAAUUGAUAAAGAGCCUUUUCGUCACUUAAAAAUCAGUGAUGCACAAGUUUUGAAUACGAUAGAGGGUAGAGAAGCAUGUGCACGUUGUUACAAAUCGCGAAAAUUCUUUUGCUACUCGUGUUAUUUACCAGUCAUCAGUGAUGAGUACUUCCCACGAAUAAAGCUACCGAUUAAAAUUGAUAUUAUUAAGCAUGCACGUGAAAUUGAUGGAAAAAGUACUGCAAUCCAUGCAGCUAUACUUGCACCAGAAGAUGUAAGAAUCUACACAUAUCCUGAUUUUCCAGAAAUACUGAACAAAGAGGAGACUGUUUUAAUUUUUCCUAGUCAAGCUGGGAUGACAGUGGAUUCUUUAUGUAUAAAAGAGAUGAAUCAAGAUGGAAAGAGAGUUGCAUAUAAAAUACAAGAUACAUUCCCUAUUAAAAGGGCUAUUUUUAUAGAUAGCACAUGGCAUCAGACAAAAGCUAUUUACAAAGAUCAAAGAUUGAGAGAUUUAAGAUGUGUCAUUUUAAAAUCAAGAAUAUCACAGUUCUGGCGACAUCAGAAGAAAAGCCCAAGGUGGUACUUGGCUACCAUUGAAGCAAUUCAUCAGUUCUUAGUAGAAUUGCACACAUGCGCAUUUGGUACGGUACCAGAAUAUGCUACCACAAAUAAUAACGAAGGGAAUUGCAUAGAAAACAGUAUAGGCCAGUCUAAAAAUAAGUUACCUGACACAGAUCAAAGAUACAGGGGUCAAUACGAUGAUCUUUUAUAUUUUUUUAAAUAUAUGUAUGAGAAAAUUCAUACUGUAUAUGAUCAUGAUAAAUUAUGGGCAUACAAAAGGCCCUUGAGAUAAUUCUGUGAUAUCAAAGCAUAUUAUAAAAAAAGUUAAAUAUAAGUUUAUUAAUAAAAGGAUACAUAAGAUGGUUUCCCAAUUUUUAUUUAUA